UCAGAGAGGUCAAACCUGGAGCUGAUAACCCUGACCUGUACCUGCGUGGCUGCGACGCUCUUUUGGCUUCUUCUAGUUAUGUUUGUAAGUAAGUUGAAACCUUAUUCCUCUGAAAUGAAGACCAACCAUUACCUGUCAAUCAUAAUGGAUCCUGACGAAGUCCCCUUAGAUGAGCAAUGUGAACGUCUGCCUUAUGAUGCCAGCAAGUGGGAGAUUGCAAGGGAAAGGCUUAAACUAGGAAAGUCUCUUGGACAUGGAGCUUUUGGAAAGGUGGUACAAGCGUCUGCUUUUGGAAUUAAGAAAUCGCCAACAUGCAGAAUAGUUGCUGUGAAAAUGCUGAAAGAAGGGGCCACAGCAAGCGAGUACAAAGCACUGAUGACUGAGCUGAAAAUCCUUAUCCACAUUGGUCAUCAUCUCAAUAUUGUGAAUUUGUUGGGAGCUUGCACAAAAAAUGGAGGGCCUCUGAUGGUGAUUGUUGAAUACUGCAAAUAUGGGAAUUUAUCAAACUACCUGAAGAGCAAGAGGAAUUUUUUCUGCCCCAACAAGGACUCCUCUCUCCAAGGAGAGCCAAUGAAAGAGAAAAAGGAUAUUGAGCUGGUGGAAGGCAAAAAACAAAGGCUGGCCAGUGUCACCAGCAGUGAGAGCUUCGCAAGCUCUGGGUUCCAGGAAGAUAAAAGUCUAAGUGAUGUGGAGGAGGACGAGGAGGAUGCUGCUGAGCUCUACAAGUUGCCCCUCACUAUGGAGGAUCUGAUCUCUUACAGCUUUCAGGUGGCCAGAGGCAUGGAGUUCCUCUCCUCCAGAAAGUGCAUUCAUCGUGACCUGGCAGCCAGAAACAUCCUUUUAUCUGAGAACAAUGUCGUGAAGAUCUGUGAUUUUGGCCUCGCAAGAGAUAUUUAUAAGAAUCCUGAUUAUGUGAGAAAAGGAGAUGCUCGACUUCCUCUCAAGUGGAUGGCUCCAGAAUCCAUAUUCGAUAAAAUCUACAAUACAAAAAGUGACGUGUGGUCCUAUGGGGUUUUGCUGUGGGAGAUAUUUUCUUUGGGUGCCUCUCCUUACCCAGGAGUCCAAAUAGAUGAAGAUUUCUGCAGCAGACUAAAAGAAGGCACAAGAAUGCGAGCCCCGGAGCAAGCAACCGAGGAGAUCUACCAAAUCAUGCUGGACUGCUGGCGAAGCAAUCCCAACGACAGACCAAGGUUCUCUGAGCUGGUGAAAAAGCUGGGCGACCUGCUGCAAGCAAACGUCCAGCAGGAAGGCAAAGACUACAUACCCCUCAAUACUAUAUUUACGAAGGAAAGUGGGUUUCCUCCUGCAUCUGAACCUUUGUGCAAUGAAAAUUUUUCUGUUACAAGCUCAAAUUGUGAAAGCACUGAAAACGUCAGAUACAUAAACACUUUCAAAAUAAAACCACACCAGCGCAUAAAGACAUUUGAAGAGCUUCCCAUCAAGGAAACGCUUGUAUUUAACGAUUAUCAAGCAGACAGUGGGAUGGUGCUGGUUCCAGAAGAACUGAAACGCUUCACAUGGACAGGCAGCAAGCAGAAACGGAUGCUUUUUGGCGUGAAAGGUGCCAGCAGGAGCAAGGAGUCGGUGCUUUCUGGGAUAACCAAGCCAAGAAGCUUCUGCAGUUUCAGUUGUGACCAGCUCAGUGACUCCAAGCGAAGAUACACGUAUGGCAACAUGGUGCUGGAGAAAAUGAAAGUGUGCCAUUCUCCCCCUCCCGACUACAACUCCGUCGUCCUUUAUUCUCAGCCACCCAUUUAA